UUAAAUGCAAUAGUAUAAAUAGUACAAGUAAUAUAAUAGUACAAAUAUUUACUGAUUACAUUUUUCAAAAGUUCCUAAUAUAUGUUUUUGUAAGUAUGGUAUUGACUUAUUUUGAUCUUGUUUUUACAGGUGAAAAGGUCAAGAAGCGCUGGAAAAACCUCAGAGACACUUUCAUUAGGGCCCGUAAAGCUCUCAAAACUAAGAAAAGUGGCUCAGCAGCUGGUGACCAGAAGAUAUGGAAGUACUUCCACAUCAUGUCCUUCCUGGAGCCUUAUAUAAAGAAGCGUGAUACCAGUGGCAACCUAACAGCAGAUGACCCACAGAGGGAGGAGGAGGAGCAGGAGGAAGAAAUGAUAACAUUAACCCUGGAGCCUGUGACAGAGGGUGAAGAUGGGGUGGAUGCUGAUCUACAGCACACUACAAGCAGUGAGACCACUAGUGAUUCCAGCAGCCUGGACCUCUCAACUCAACAAACGCCACAAUCAUCUUCUCAAAAGACCAACCCAGUGAAACGGAGAAGGCCUGAUCAGACCAGCUUUGAGGAGUCCAUCCUCAGCAGAGUGGACAAUAUACGAGCCCAAAUCCAACGUACUGCUGAAGAUGAAGAUGAGCUUUACCUCCAAUGCCUUUUGCCCAUUCUCAGACGGCUUAUGGGAGCCCGAAAAUCUGAGGCCAAGAUGGAAAUAAUGAGAGUGCUCCACAAGUUUGAGUUUGGAGAAGGAUAAUUAUCUUCAUAUCAUCUUUAGUGAUUCUUGCAAUUGCUCUCAUUUGCACUGUAUGUUUACAGCUCCGGAUAGUAUUAUAAAAAUGUGUUUAAUAUUUAAAACACUCAUAAAUGUUGAAUUCUUACCUUCUUUGUAAAAGUGUAAUAUGUAAAGUUCUUUAAAAUAAUUAGAUUUGUCAUGUGCUGUUCAUUUUUCACUAAACAACCAUACACUGCUAUACCUGAGUUAAAAUAUAACUGCUAGCAUUCAAAAUAAAUAUUGUGGGCUUAAACUUAUUAAAAAUUACAUACCUCAAACAGAUAGUAAGCCGUUCUUCAGGACUGAUGGGUUCCCUCAUGUUUGUGUGAAUCUCCUCAAUUUUGGGGGUCACCAUGUUCAGUAGUUUGGAGAAAAGUUCAGGGCUCAAACGAAAGUAGGCGCUGAAUUUAUCUGGAUCUGCCUUGAGAUCUGUCAUCAAAUGAUGAUAUUCACCACGUUGCUUCCUUGUCUGUAAAAUAGGGUGAACCCAAGGCUUUCUUUUUCUUUUGUAGAGCAGACUUAACAGCAAGAUUUCAGUCAAUUCCAGUAAAAUCUUCUGACUCUUCAUCCUCGUUGCCUUAUCUGAUACAGACUGCUUUUAAAAUGUCAAAAUCACUCACAAUAUUGAAAAUAAUAUUUUUUUUCUCGACAAAACCAGAUGGUGGCGGUAGUGCACCGUUGUUUUUCCCAACCGCAAAUAAAUGACGGGUAGAAAGCCAACCAAUCAGAUUGCUUUGAGACAAGCGACACCAUAGCGCGAUUCGCAUCGCUGCUGUCGCUAUCGCGUCCUGUGUGUCGGGUUUCGACCCUGGCUGCGAUGA